CAGCAUUUCUAUGCUAUGAAAUUAUUGUCGUAUAGCGCACUUCCGGAUUUGCGCGGACGAUGUCUUUUCUUAAAUUCUUUAUCACGCCCCACAAGGCUGAAACGCGAAUUGGAAUCCUGACACUGACAUGCUAGCCAAGGUCAACGUCAUAUUUUUGUACCUGUGAUAGUCUAGGCUUUGUGAAGCGUCGAAAGAAUUGUGUAUAGUAUAAGUUUCCUGUAUUUCCAUUGUUUUUUUGGCCCGGAACACCUUUCUCCCUUUCGUUUUCUUAAAAAUGGUGUCUGGGACACUACUCGCGGUCUUUGCCCUUAUCUGCUCCCCUUGUCUUGCUGCGGUGCACUAUUGGGUUGAUUACGAUUGCUAUGCCAUGCCAAUGGCCACUGAAGCAAUAGCUGAAGCAAUACUAAUGGCGCAACGGAGCUACGAUCGGCUCAGCAAUGCUGCCAACGAUCCCGACAUCCAAAUUCUCUUCUCACGCAUCUAUCACACCACUAUAAAUGACCGAAGAGCUGUCGAGCAUGUGCGCCGAAUUAUGUAUGGCAUCGCAAACAUAAAAGAGGUCCUUAGUCGGGAAGAGAGUAAUACAAUCAUCUACUGCGAUAAUGACGCUCGCUGGCAACCAGUGCCGGGCCAAGCAACAUUCCCUGGUGGUACUCAGGAGUGGUUCGAUGUGAACGACCCUCAUUUUCGAUUCGUAGGCAGACCAUCAUGUAAGGAUGGUUCUACUAGUGCCGUCACAUACAAAGCUCCUAACCAUCACCCCCUGUUUUCCACGGGCCUCGCCCAAGUGACGAUCUGCAACAUAGGGGUGAGCAGAACUAGGUCAACCAUAGCACACCAUGACUAUUUCGAUUGGUCAUUGGGGAGCCUAAUGUACAAUCCGGAGUGGAGUUCGAUGAACCCGUACGAUACUGCCAGUGUUACCGUUCUACACGAGUUCACCCAUCUUCCUGAUUUUGGAAUUCUUGAUGUGCCCCCAGACCCAUAUUGGUGGCACAAUAUAAUUAGAAAACCUACGGGGCAGGCGCUGAUGAAUGCGGAUAACUAUGCAUUCUUUGGUCUACUGGCUCAUUUGGGAGACUAUGGCUUCAAGCUUAGUGAUCGUGAAUGGAAGGCAGGAGUUAUAACGCGAUCGACAUACAGACCAGGUGGUCGACCCCGCUGACCGGAACGUGGCAUAUUGGCUACGAAUCUUAAUUGAAGGAUUAGUGAAAGAUGCCAUGUCACAUACAGUCUGGGACUACUCUGACUACAGUAUCAAAGCAUCCGGUACAGGUAAUAAUGGCUUGAAAACCAUAGUACAACAAACAAGGCCCGACAGGAGUGACUCGGUUUGCUCUCUUAAAUUACCAAUCUCGAUCGUAUUCAGCCUGGCCUGGCCUUGAGCUUCUUCCACUUCUAUGCAAUCACCUUACUAGUGCAACUUCCAAUACCACAGACGCCAUUCGAGUGGAAGGCCACGUACCUGCUUACAGUGGAUUACAGUCGCAUUGCUUCGAAACC